GCCCCCUUCGGUGAGUCGCGGCCGGGACCGGCUCUCCUGCGGGCGCGAAGAUGGCGAUGCCGAGUUUGUCGGAGGUGGGCAGCUCGCUGCUGGAGAAGGCUGCCGGGAGCUCUCUGUCCCUCCUCCUGGCCGCCCUCGCCCUGAGCUUGGGGUACUUUCUUCAGGCGGGCUCUCGCAGCCGGAGACAGCCCAGCGCCGGCCAAGAGAAAUAUCCUCCUUUUAUAUCAUCAAACAUUCCCUUUCUGGGACAUGCAGUUUCAUUUGGGAAAAGUCCAAUUGAAUUUUUAGAAAAUGCCUAUGAAAAGUAUGGAUCUGUAUUUAGCUUCACGAUGGUGGGGAAGACAUUUACUUAUCUGCUGGGUAGUGAUGCUGCUGCUCUUCUGUUCAAUAGCAAAAAUGAAGACUUGAAUGCAGAGGAUGUCUAUUCACGGCUAACCACACCUGUCUUUGGCAAAGGAGUUGCAUAUGAUGUACCCCACCCAAUAUUUUUGGAACAGAAAAAGAUGUUGAAAAGUGGGCUGAAUAUAGCACAAUUUAAAAAUCAUGUACCCAUAAUAGAAGAAGAAACUAAGGAAUACUUCAAAACUUGGGGAGAAAAGGGAGAAAGAAAUUUAUUUGAAGCACUUUCAGAACUGAUAAUUUUGACAGCAAGUCACUGUCUGCAUGGGAAAGAGAUAAGAAGUAUCCUCAAUGAGAAGGUAGCACAGUUGUAUGCUGACCUGGAUGGGGGAUUUACACAUGCUGCUUGGCUUUUGCCAUGUUGGCUGCCUUUGCCAAGCUUCAGGCGAAGAGAUAGAGCCCACAAAAAGAUAAAGGCUAUCUUCUACAAAGUAAUUCAAAAACGCCGACAGUCCUUGAAAAGAGAGGAUGACAUGCUUCAGACUCUACUGGAUGUCACUUACAAGGAUGGGCGUCACCUGACAGAUGAUGAAAUUGCUGGACUGCUGAUUGGGCUGCUGUUAGCUGGGCAGCACACAUCUUCAACCACCAGUGCUUGGCUCGGCUUCUUUUUGGCUAGAGACAAAUCACUCCAAGAACGGUGUUACAUGGAACAAAAAGCAGUGCGUGGAGACAAUAUCCCACCAUUACAUUAUGAUCAGCUCAAGGAUAUGAGUUUGCUGGACAGUUGCUUGAAAGAAACGCUAAGACUUAGGCCUCCUAUAAUGACUAUGAUGAGGAUGGCUAGAACUCCACAAACGGUUGCUGGGUAUACGAUUCCACCUGGGCAUCAAGUUUGUGUGUCUCCCACUGUCAAUCAUAGACUUAAGGACUGUUGGGUAGAAAAUGUGAACUUCAAACCAGACCGUUACCUCCAAGAUAGCCCUGUUGCUGCUGGAGAGAAGUUUGCGUACAUACCAUUUGGUGCUGGUCGUCAUCGUUGUAUUGGAGAAAAUUUUGCGUAUGUUCAAAUUAAGACAAUUUGGUCAACUCUUCUGCAUUUAUAUGAAUUUGAUUUGGUGGAUGGAUAUUUUCCUACUAUAAAUUAUACAACUAUGAUCCACACACCCAAUAACCCUGUCAUUAGAUACAGAAGGAGAUUACGCAGCUGAUCUGCAGAGACAUUUCUGAACAAGUUAUGUGAAGAUUGAACCAGAGGGGGCUGUUCCGAAUUUGUACUGUUGUGAAGAAAUGUGAAUGUUAUGCUGUCUUCUUAGAAUACCUGAAAGUCUGUUCCUUGCUUUAUAUUCUAAUUAUGUAAUUUGAAUAAGCUUUCUUAAUUAUUUGAGCCUUUAAAAUUCAAAUUCAGUCAACUUUGGAAUGAAAUGGUUGCUGUUACAAAACUAAUCUUGAGUAGGUUUAUAGACUCUCAUAUUGUAAUACAAAUUAGGAAUAAUCUGGUGUUCUUGAACCAGAUCAGUGCAGUACCAUGAUGCCAACUUCAGCUGAGUUUUAGAGCGUUACUGUGCAAGCUCUUUUAAGUUUAGAUGAAGCCACAAAUAACUAAUAAUGGGAGCUGCAGCCCUUGGAAGUGUCACCGUGGAUUUGGAAGAAACAUUGUCCCUUUUAAACAUUAGUCCUUAUUUUUCAGUUUUAAGAAUAUCAAUUGUUAAAAUCUUGUAGCCUUUCAUCCUCCCUUUUGUAGAAAACUCUCCAUGUGUUUUCUGAAGCAGCAUCUGCAAAGCACCACAGAGAGGGAGGGAAUCAUCCUGACCUGGAGAAAAUAAACCUGGAGGAGUCAGGCAGAUGGCAAUGAAAUCUGCUAGCUUAUCAUGCAGAUAAAAUGUACACAGUAACUGAGCCAUUGCUAGUUUUUCUGCAGACACUUAAUGUUUGUUUAGCCCUACUAAUGUGGAGAUCAGUAAUUAGGAUUGUCGGUUGUUACAAUGUUAUAGAUGUUUGGGCGGAAUAGCUUGUCAUUCU